CACUCGCUGUCUUAGCUUCAUUCUCUCAACCAUCGGUCACCAAACGGGCGUCGUGGACAAAUAUAGAUGCUUUUGAAGUGCUCAUAUAUUUACAACUUCUUAUAACUUACAUGGUGAUAUCAGCAACAUAAACAGAUUAAGAUACGGGACCUUCUUCGACGAGAAUCAGUUGCGCCGCAGAAGCGAACCGCCGACUUUCCUUCAGCAAAGAUUAAAUCAAGAUAUGACAAUAUCGUAGGAAUAAAAAUAAAUAAAACAACAUUGAUUUAACUUAUGCGCGUGAACACUUUAUAUCCAGUGAUCUCAGAACUCUAAAUUAGUGAGCUUCGUAUAAAAAAACCUGGAAAAUGUGGUUAAAACUUUUAUUUGCUGCCGUUUGUAUUUCGACGGUGCCAAACUCCGCCAGCGGUGCAGGAUGUAACACCCCAGUAUCUACUUCCGGAGUUCUUAAUGUCAACCAGGAUGUGACCGCUCCCUCUAACAAACCUGGAUAUUCAACAUCGGCUGUUUUCACAACCGGUUGGUGUGCAAACUCACCAGACGACAAAGUACUGGAAAUCAACUUCCCUAACAGCCAUGGCAUCAAGGGAAUUGUUGUUAAGCGCGUGGAUCAGACAAACUACCCAACACGAGUCCUGGUCAAAUAUGUCCCCAACGGGGGAUCACAAAUCCAGGACAUUCCGGUUCCAAACGGACUUGUGCUGGAACUGAAUUCUACACUCACAGAAACUACGAUAAAUUUUAGCGUAGGAAUUGCCGUCAAACGUCUACAGUUUACCGUAACGGCCUUCACCGGAACUACUCCAUGUUUGACACUUGAGUUGCUGGGGUGUCCAAUAAAUGAGUUGUGUCCGGGCGGUUGUAUGAAUGGUGGUGUUUGUCAAAUGGAAAACGCAUGCGCGUGCCCCGCGGGGUCCUCGGGCACACACUGUGAAAUCAAAGAUUGCACACCCGUCCCUCUUGGUUUGUCUAAUGGGGGAAUUCCGGAUUCAAGCGUCACUGUGUCUUCACAGGAUUCACAUUACACAAAGGACCAAAUUGGAAAUGCGCAAACCAAUGAGGGAUGGUGUCCUUCAUCAGCAGAUAAGGCACCGUGGGUCCAGGUGAAACUGAGCAAACCGAUGGCUGUCAGUGUUUUUGAAUUUAAUUUCGUCAAGAGACAUGAAAACGACGGAGGACGAGCAUUCAUACAAGAUUUUGAUCUGCAUUACAUUUCGCCUUUGGAUUCGACCAAAUCAUUCCGAUCCUUUGCAAGUAAUAUCCCAGCAUUGAACGGAACACAUUAUUUUACGGUGAUGACCAGCCCUGUUAUAGUAACAGAUACUAUCAAGAUUGUUCCAACAGCUUGGGAACUACGAGCAUGCUUUAAACUUGAAUUGAAGGGAUGUGAUCCAACACAGUUAUGUUCUAUGAACUUCUGCCUCAACGGUGGAACUUGUAUGGGAGAGAACAUCUGCCAAUGUCCAAGUGGAUUUGUAGGGACUAAAUGUGAAACGCCUACCAACAACAUUCAGCAUAUAAGUCUUGCAUUCGUCAACAUUACCAACAAUAUUCUCAUCACCGCAACGCAAUCGUUCCAAUUCCAAGUCCACGGCAACGUUCAGAUUCAAACUGUAGCGGGACAAAAGGACCCUGUAAUAUCCAUAAGCGGAACACACAGCUACAUUCAGAUGAACACGACGUCUGUCUCUUGCAUAACGGAUAUUGCCCACUGCACAUCUGGGUUCACUUUCAGUGUCGAUGUCAACUUUGUUCAGCUUUUGGACAACACUUUCAUUAUUAACAGUGGUGGGCACCUUCCCGGCCACAAAGGAGUUGCCUUGUACUACUCCCACAACAAGCUGUACUACAUUGUUAGUACAUCCACACUCACGUGGACCCUGAUCGUUAACUACAAGCCAGUUUUGAACGUAUGGCAACACUUUGAGAUAACAUGGAAUCAUAAUCUCGGAGUCGAAGUUCUCGUCAAUGGCCAUUCUCUUGGUACAGCUGGCAGACCCGCUCCUGGAGGUGGAACAAUAACAUUGCCGCUGUGCGUUGCUUGUAGCCAUACGCAAACUACAGUCAACGUUAAUAUGCUGGUCACGGGGAUUAUUUCUUGGACAAUCGACCGAAAUGAGCUUGUAAAUGCAGGAGUAAAGCCAGCCCCCGUGUCAUCCACUAUAGCACCGACAACUUCGACAGCAGCCCCGACAACAGAGUUGUGUCCCGGCGGUUGUAUGAAUGGUGGUGUUUGCCAAAUGGAAAACGCAUGCGCAUGCCCCGCAGGGUUCUCAGGCACAUACUGUGAAAUCAAAGACUGCACACCCCUCCCGCUUGGUUUGUCUAAUGGGGGAAUUCCGGAUGCAAGCGUCAGUGUGUCUUCACAAGAUUCACAUUACACAAAAGACCAAAUCGGAAAUGCGCAAACCAAUGAGGGAUGGUGUCCUUCAUCAUCAGACAAGGCACCGUGGGUUCAGGUGAAACUGAGCAAACCCAUGGCUGUCAGUGUUUUUGAAUUUAAUUUCGUAAAGAGACAUGAAAACGACGGAGGACGAGCAUUCAUACAGGAGUUUGAUCUGCACUACAUUUCGCCUUUGGAUUCGACCAAAUCAUUCCGAUCCUUUGCAAGUAAUAUCCCAGCAUUGAACGGAACACAUUAUUUUACGGUGAUGACCAGUCCUGUCAUAGUAACAGAUACUAUCAAGAUUGUUCCAACAGCUUGGGAACUACGAGCAUGCUUUAAACUAGAAUUGAAGGGAUGUGAUCCAACAAAGCUAUGUUCGGCGAACUUCUGCCUCAACGGUGGAACCUGUAUGGGAGAGAACAUCUGCCAAUGUCCACACGGAUUCGUAGGGACUAAAUGUGAAACGCCUACCAACAACAUUCAGCAAAUAAGUCUUGCAUUCGUCAACAUUACCAACAAUAUUCUCAUCACCGCAACGCAAUCGUUCCAAUUCCAAGUCCACGGCAACGUUCAGAUUCAAACUGUAGCGGGACAAAAGGACCCUGUAAUAUCCAUAAGCGGAACAAACAGCUAUAUUCAGAUGAACACGACGUCUGUCUCUUGCAUAACGGAUAUUGCCCACUGCACAUCUGGGUUCACUUUCAGUGUCGAUGUCAACUUUGUUCAGCUAUUGGACAACACGUUCAUCAUAAACAGUGGUGGGCACCUUCCCGGACACAAAGGAGUUGCCUUGUACUACUCCAGCAACAAGCUGCACUACGUUGUUAGUACAUCCACAUUCACUUGGACCCUGGUCGUUAACUACAAGCCAGUUUUGAACGUAUGGCAACACUUUGAGAUAACAUGGAAUCAUAAUCUCGGAGUCGAAGUUCUCGUCAAUGGCCAAUCCCUUGGUACAGGCGGUAGACCAGCUCCGGGAGGUGGAACAGUAACAUUGCCACUGUGUGUUGCUUGUAGCCAUACGCAAACUACAGUCAACGUUAAUAUGCUGGUCACGGGGAUUAUUUCUUGGACAAUCGACAGGAAUGAGCUAGUAAAUGCAGGAGUAAAGCCAGCACCCGUGUCAUCCACUACAACACCGGCAACUACGACAGCAGCCCUGACAUCAGCCUCUUCUUCUCCAACGACACCUAAACCCUAUGAACAAUACAAUAUGACGUUUGUAACCAUCACGGGUAACCUUCUAGUGACUCCAGCCUUCAACUUCACCUUACAUAACAAACCUAUCAUUGAACUCAACAACGACAGUCACACAACUCUUAUUCUGGACUGUGAAAAACAUCAGUUUGUAGAACUCCCUGACGCGGGAAUUCCAUGCCUAGAGGACUUGGGAACUUGUGAUAAAGGUUUUACAUUCAAACUAGAAUUGAUGUUCACAAAACUCACUGAAUCAGAAAAGACGUACAUACUCUCGAGCGGAGGUGAUGUUGAGCAAUACAGCGGUAUGGCAAUCUAUAUCCAUAAUAAAAUACUAAUUUUCGGAGUGAAGAAAGGAAUUUCCCAUUGGGUUGGCAGCUACAACAUGACCAAUAGCCUCAACUUGAACGUUUGGUACAAGUAUGAGAUAUCAUGGAGCUCAACAACAGGCAUAUCAGUCCUGAUUGAUGGAUAUCAGGUUAUAUCUACUAACGCAUGGACACCAAGCCCAAGUAUAGCCAAGACCAACGCCGUUCUGAUAGGGAAAACAGCUGGCGUUAACACCACCUCGUGUAUGAAGAUACGCGACCUGUUCACAUGGACCAUACAUAGAGAAGUCCUUGUCGAUAACGGAAUUUUACCAGCCCCUGUGUCGAGCACAGCAAAACCUUCCACAACCAGUACAACGACAACUACGACCACCACAACAACUACAACCACAACAACGCCGGUUCCAACAACACCGACUACAACGACACCGACCACAACGACACCGACAACAACGACACCGACCACAACGACACCGACAACAACAACAACACCAACACCCAUUCCAACGUACACCUGGAGUCUGGUCAACAUCACUAACAACGUUGUCAUUGGCGUCGAUUACAACCUUACCGUUCACAAUGCUAAUGUUAUCCACAACGUAGGCAUCAACUUUAACACAAAUACAUAUAUUGAGAUCAGCGCCCAUCCAAACAGCUGCCUUCUGAACCCCCUCUCUUGCCUAACUCACGGCUUGACUAUACAGUUCACCAUGCAGUUCCACAAACUGGAAGAAAACACGUACAUUAUCACCAGCGGAGGUCAACUUCCUGAUGGAGUCGGGUUCGCGGUUAUCUAUCGCUUCGGCAAGGUUCAGUUUAUUCUUUCAACGUUUAACGUUUCGUGGUAUGCGACAUGCGGAAGAAAUGAGCUCCAUCCCCAAAAGCCGCACACAAUCAUGGUAUCAUGGAGCCUCAGCAUCGGUUUAGAGAUCUUCGUCGACAAUAAAUUCAUUGAGGGCUCGAAGAAUCCAUCAUCCCAUAGACCUUCUCCAUCUACCAACGCAACGACCAUCUUCAUUGGCAAGCAACCCUCUACCACGGUACAAGUUGAGUUCACCCUCCAGGUUGUGACCUUCUGGUAUGCGCAUAUCAACAUACUUGUGGACGCUGGCAUCUGCACACCACCAACUCGCCCGACUACUGCCCCUCCAACUACUGCUGCACCAGUCACAACACAGAAAUCGACUGCAAAAUUAACCACUGCCAAACCGGUUUACACUUCUAUUGUUACCGGCACACCACCCCAACAAUGCCCCGCGGGAUGUAUCAGCAUCAAUGACCUGUCUACCACAAAACUCCCUCCAGUCACUGCCUCCAGCGGCAAACCGACUCCUGGAUCAACAACGAAAACGCCAACAACUAAGGCACCAACGACCAAAGCUCCUACUACGACAACGACCACGACGACCCCGGCACCUACAACUACAAGAAGUCUUGUACCAAACUAUCAGACGAAACCCGUCAUUCAGGUUCACGUAGACAAGACGGACGUCUUCCUGGCGUGUACAUUUACGGGCGCCGUAGAGACCGGGGUGCAAAUAACGGCCUCCCUGAUCGUGCAAGGGAAGGUGAUACUAACACAAACAGUCAGUGGGAACACUGGGGUCGUCAUGUGGCACAUCUCAAAAGUUGACACGUACCUCUACGGCAAACAGAUCCAGUGUAACGUGAGCGCCAGUUUUACCGGAAGUAUUAUAUCGACUGUUACGUUCGUUAGCAACAUUUUUAAGCCCCAAGUCACUGUGACACCGAACCAACUUCUAGUCAUCGAGGGACACCAUGGCGAACAUUUCACAGUGACAUCCAACGUCCCUCCGCCGUUCUUCUGCUGUACUGGCUGCAAGGGCCAGUGCCAGGUCCACAUUGUUGGCAUCUUCCAGUUCUACAGACGCUUCCAGAAGUGUGAGAGCAAAUAUGUCUCACAGGCGCUCAUAGGAAGUUCCACACCGGUAAACUACAACAGUCCAAUCUGCGGGUUUGCUCUGACCAUGAGUAACUGGAAUCAGAACACCAAGGUUGAGGUCAAGGCCACCAUUGACCUCGUUAGAGACGGCGACCAUAGAAUCAACCUUGACGUUAUUGCGCAUGUCUACAGCCAGCCAAUGAACGUUCAGAUUACAACGAAACCCACCGAAAUUAAAAUUACGACUAUAGCGACGACGGUCAAGGAUAAUGACCACAGACUUCACCAGUGCAAAUCUGUAAACGACCCCCACAUGAGCACGUUUGACGGACAGAGAUACAACAUGAUGAAAGAGGGCCAAUUUGUUCUCUACAAACACAAAUCACUGCCGUUUGAGGUAAGAGCUCUCUACCACAAAUGCAGUAAACGGUCACAUGCUUCUUGUAACUGUGCGGUUGCGGUUAAAUCCGGUGAUGACGUCAUCACUGUGACCGGCUGUCAAGGUACCACAUCCGGAGGUCAUCCAGGUCAAGGUCACGGAAUCGGAUUAAUUUUCCAACAGUUGUUUGGUCAUCAUGGGAAUGCGCAUGGACACGAUAAGGAUGAACUGGCGAAAACGCCAAUGACAAUUCAAAUUUACAAGAACGGGGAACUUACUCCUGGAACUCAUAUUAGGAGAUAUGGUUGUGGACAGAAAUAUGAGAUCGAGUUGCCAACUGGUAUGAUAGUGACGGUUCAACAAAGCUGGAAACCCUUUAUCAACAUCUGGAUCACCGCAUCUAGCGUCGACUUCGGCAACACUGAAGGACUGUGUGGAAGUUAUGAUGGCAACACACACAAUGAUCUUAGCCCAAAUGUGAAUUCAUUCUCCGAAAAGUGGAAGAUUAACGGAGUAGGCAAUUUCUUCUACGGAGUGAGCGUGGUGUCUUCCAACACAGUGCCAAGCUACACUUACUGUAGCUGCAUCGAAAACAGGAAUACCGUUUGUACAAACGGACUCGGAAUCAUCAAAUGCACCAACUCAAGAUACGACAUUACCACCGCGCUUGUCCGACAGGCUAAGAACCCAAUACUGACCCACGGAAACGGAAGACGCAGGAGACAGGCCGAAGAGGUCACCGUCGACAUUCCCGAGGACGACAAUGAGUUUACUUAUGACGAGGCGAAGGAUGAAUGUACAAAAUACAUCACUAGGAGCAGCGCAACACAAGCUUGUGAACCCAUCCUGUCUAGCAACGUCUCUAAUCAAAUUGAGAACUGUGCUGACGAUUAUAAUGCUACUGGCAACUUCAACUUUUCCGUGGACGCUUUGAGUGACAUUGUUGUCGACUGUGUGCAACAAGCUAAGGCCAUCAAAGCAUUAAACGAGUCUGGAAAUACUAACGUAACUGAGGGUGGUGUGGAUAUACCUCAAGACCUUGACCUUGAUGCUAUUGUAAAGGACGCAAUCGUGGUAGCUUGUGGUGAUCAUGGGACACCGGAAGAUGGUGUCUGUAGAUGUGAUGAUGGUUACUCGGGCGAACAGUGUGAGGUAUCUAAGGAUACCGUCCCGGUAGUGACGUCGGUCCCAAUACUUUGUGACAUCUCACAAACCGAUGAUUGCAUGGCGGCAAGAAUAUUCGGCAUUAACUUUGUGGAAUCAGACACAUUGACUUGCCAUUAUGAAUAUGUCGAGGUUUCAGACUCGAUUAAACUAACCGGUGAAACCGGCAAAGUUCCUGUUGCGAGGUAUGUGUCAAUCAACGAAGUCAGCUGUGUCCUUCCAAAAAUGAAGAGCGCCCGCAUCUCUAUUAGCAACAAUGGCAUAUCUCCAAGUGACGAUAAAUCAACCCAUGUCGUGUACAACUCGCUGUGCCAUGACUGCUCUGUAGCCAACGACACUACUUUCUCCCUAGUGUGCACAAGAACGAACGCCAACUGUGUUAUUGGCGGUGUUUGUUACGAGGAGGGAGUGAGCAGACACGGUGACCGCUGUCAGACAUGCCAAGCUGCUGCCAACAAUGAACAAUGGACUCAGAGUCAAGCCACCGAAUGUAUAGCCGUGCCUGUAACUGAGGCAGCGACGGGCAGCAAGAUGGAACGAACUCAGGUCAUCAUUCUGGCCGUCGUCUGUGCAGUGUUUGCCGCCAUCAUUCUCAUUGGCACGUGCUAUCUGAUAAAGGGAAAGAUGAACAAAAACAAACCGAAGGAGUUCGGCGCCUAUGAAGUCAGUGGGGACGACAAGUUGCACAGAGAACAAUUUUCAGCAGUUGACAAUCAGGCUUAUGACGCCAAAUUGUAAUGACAAUGAACUAUAUAUAACCGGGAAUCCCAGUUGAUCUGGGGGAUUUACAUGUUUAUAAAUGUGUAAAGAGAAUAUACAGCCCAUUGUAUAGUGUUUUAUGAUAUUGCCGAAACAAAAAUACUUAAAAUGUACUGUUUAUAACAUAUUUGCUAUCUUAUUUUUAAAAAGGUCGUUAUUGAUAUGUUUAACCUUUGUAAGAUAAUUUUUAUAGGAGUUAAGUCAGAUAUAUGUUUUACUUAUGGUCAUGGAAGACAUUUGUCGUUUUAGAUCUAGUCAAACAGUUAACAGAUGCAAAAAGACAAUAAGGGCAUAGAUCUUCCUAUUUGCAUGAGUAUGAACACCUAAAUAAUCACAGAUUUUCAAUUUAAAAAAUGUGCAAAGACCUUUAUCAAAGAAAUUUGAAAAUUGCGUAUCAAUAAAACACAAAUAUUAUCAAAAAUAAUACUACCUGUUAUUCAUUAUAUUGUUAUAAACUACUUAAUUCAAUGUAAAACGACAUUUUGUACAUUAAUGUGAGCAGUGAAACAGAAGCGAUAUGCCAUGCAUAUUCCACAGGGCAAAAACUGUAUUUUACUCAAAUUUUGCUACUUGAUAAUAAUGUGUUUCAUUUACAGCUUAUUGAUUUAGUGACCAAAGAUAUUUAGUCAAUAUUUUGUUAUACUUUUCCUAAUAAAUCAACCAUAAAACAGA